UUUGAUUGGUCAUUUAUUAAAACAGCUGAUUCAUUCAAAAAUAGAGUUUAAUAAUUUAGGGUAAAUAGAAAUAUAAUUUUUAUUCAAUAAAGUAUUGAGAGAGAUACAAAUAAGCGAAUGGCAGAAUUCACUUACCAUGAUUAUCUCUUGCACAAAGUUGUCUAACCUUAUUCAAUAAGAGGUUAAAACAGUGAAAGCGCUAACUUAAAGAGAAAUAUACCCCUUUAUAUGACUAGAUAAGCAGGGAAAGUGCGCGAAUAGCAUUAAGUUGAAUCAAAAAACAUAGUUACUAAAUAGGCUGUUUAACCACCCCAGGUUUUUCUUGAUUCUUAGUUUGAAAAACUUUAGCAAUAGCAAGAAGGUUUAUAUCAUAGAAAGCCUGGUAUAGAUACUAAUAUAGGGAUGAAUAGGACAGUGAAAUCUAUUUUUUAAAAUGAUGAUUUUAGUGAUAAAAAUGAUCCUAUUUUCAAAAACAUUAGAAAUAGGAUUUAAAAUGAAAAAUAUGUUGAUGAUUUUUAUGUCUUAACAGAAGGAGCACGUCCUAGAAACACUCAAAAAGAAGAAAAACUAUCAAUUGAAAAAGAGAUUAAGACUGUUUUGCAAGAAAAAGUUAAUGAAGACUAACUUAAAAAGCUUUACAGAAAGUACGUUUUAGAAACCAUGAAAAAAAAUAUUGCUCUGGAAAAGAAAAUGAGGAUGUUUGAAAAAGAGCAUGAAGUUAAAAUUGGUUCGUUGCAAUUAAUUGACAACAGGAAAAGUUCAUUAAAAAAUGUUCCUGAAGAUUAACAAAUAAUAGGAAAGUCAGCAAGUAUGGCUGCUAUAAAUGGUACUCACUCUCUUGUCUUAUAGAAUUCUUUUGAAUAAAAUCAGAAAAGCAGAAAACUGGAGUCUUUUAUAGACCCUUCUAAGGUUUUUGGGCAAGAAACAAUGUCUUAACUAAAAGAUCUUGAAUAAGACAGACCAAACCAAAAUAAAAAUAAAUUGCAAUAAUCUAAAUAGGCUAUUAAUUUUAAGUAGAGACUAAGUGGAUUAAAGUUAGAUUUUUCUAACAAACCAUAAAUGAAAGAAACAUCAAAGUAAACUUAAGAAGCAAGCUCCUAAAUAAGCUCAUUUUAAACUCCUAUUGCUGCAAAUAAUUUUUAAAGCUAUAUAUAAAAGCAGGAUUCAUUUGAGCAUGAUGAGGAAGAAACUGUUGAACAGUAUUAAAUGAAAUAACUACAAAAACUUUAGGAAAUAAAUAAAAAGUAACAACAAUACAAAUACAAUAAUAAAGAAAGUGAGAAAGCUCAUAUAAAAAAUUUAUGUAAUUACUUCGAUCUAAGCUUGCAAAAACUGCUUAAUUUAGAAGAUAAAAAGCAAUUGAAGCAGAAUAAUGUGAAAAAAUUAGCAGAAAUUACUUUAGAGAGUGAAGGAGAUUCUGAAUAAGAAGAACAUUUUGAUGAUAUUGAAGGAUUAGAUGAUGAUAGUAUGAUAAUCGAUAAGAAUGACAAUACCUAAGAUUUAGGAGGCAGCUAGCAAAACUAGCAGGAAAAAUUUAAGAUAAACAAGGAGCUAAUAUAGUGCAAAUAAAGAGAAGAAGAGGUGUUAUUUGAAAGAAUAAAGUAUGAAAAUGAAUAAAAUAUCAUAAAUGAAUAGGAUGAAAAGCUAAUUAAAAGUAUAAUUAAUUUAGAAAAUAAGCAAGCAAUAUUCUAGAAGUAUGUCCAAAAAAAGAAAAGGCAACUCUAAUUAUAAAAUUUGCUCAACUUAAAGGAGCAGUAAAUGAAAAAAUAAUUUUAAAACUCUGUCUUUACUAGCUCAAGCCCAUUUAAGAGCAAGCAGACUUAAAAUACCAAGCAGAGUGAAUUAAAAAACUAAUCAAUUUAAAGUUUAUCUAACAUGAAAAUCUAGAAUGAAAUUUCUCAACCAGAAGACUUUGUUAAAACUAAUGUUUAGCUAGGAAGAUAAACAUCAUAUAAAAUGUAAAAUGGAAAACCUGUGCAUGAAUAGUCUGUUAUUUCCUUUUUAAAAUCAGAUCUUAAAAUAUUAGAUUCACCAAAGUCUAAAAUUUAUAAACCUUUUAACAGAACAACAAAGCAAUAGGAUUUAAUUACUUAAGGAAGUGAUACUUCUUCUAAAAAGUUAAAUCUUGUAAGAUUAACUUAACUAUCAGCUCCAAAAUAUGCUAAUUAAUAAUUCAUGGAUCAGGUAACAAGAAAAGAUAGUUUUGACUUGUUUAGUACCUAGGCCACAUCAGGAAGAAAACCUUUUUAUAGUACUAAUUACUCAACUUUAAAGAAAAAUAAAGAUAGAAAUAUUAGCAAAAGUUAACAAAUAGAUUUUUACACUUAAAAAAAAAUAAACUAGGCUGAAAUUGAUUAAAUGAAAUUAAAUUUUUUAAACUUUUUUGAUAGCUGUUUUGAUAAAAAGCAUUAAUUUGAAGAAGAAAAAUAGAAACUUAGACUUGAAAUAAGUGAUUGGUAUUGCCAAAAUUAAUAACAACUCACAAAGUUGUCAAAUUAUACAGGCCCGAAGCUAUCUACUCUUUCUUAAGAGUUCAAGUAGUUUAUUGAAUAAAAGAACUUUAAAAAGAAGCUAUUUAACUAUUUAAUAAACACAAUGGAAUAAAAAGAUAGACAAAUGGCUAUUUAUUUAUAUAAAUAAGAUAGAUAAUUAGAUGACUUAUGA